AGUAAUGACACCCACCAACUGUCAUGGCUGACAAAAUGAAUGUUGUGGGGCUCCCACUGUUGUUUUUAUUAACAUCAGUGGCUCUAUUACACUUAUUCAUUUGUCCGUUCACAAAAGUGGAAGAAAGCUUCAACUUGCAAGCGGCCCACGACCUCUUGUAUCACAAGUUUGACUUUGACAAGUACGACCACCAUGAGUUCCCUGGUGUGGUUCCACGAACCUUCAUUGGUCCCCUGCUCAUCUGCAUCCUUUGCUCCCCUCUUGUUUUCUUGUCUUCUCUGCUGGACGCACCAAAAUUCUCCACGCAGCUUAUCGUCCGAGCCACCCUGGGAGCAUGCGUGAUGGCCGCGCUGUGGCACAUGCAGCGAGAGGUGAGGAGGCAAUAUGGCUCCACGGUGGCGCUCCUCUUCUGCCUGAUGUCCGCCUCUCAGUUUCACCUCAUGUUCUACAGCACCAGGACGCUCCCUAAUGUGUUUGCGCUCCCGAUUGUCCUGGUUGCAUUCACCUCUUGGAUGGCUCAUAAACACGGCAGCUUUAUCAGCCUCUCCGCUUUCGUCAUCAUCGUGUUCCGCUCUGAGCUCUGCAUUUUUUUGGGUCUCAUGUUGCUGGUGUCACUGUGGAGCAGAAAGCUGAGCUUACUGGAUCUUUUUUACUACGCCGUUCCUGCCGGUUUGCUAUCAUUGGCUCUUACUGUGGCGAUCGACACUUUAUUUUGGAGGAAGCCUUUGUGGCCAGAAGGUCAGGUUCUAUGGUACAACGCUAUCCUCAACAAAAGUUCCAACUGGGGAACCUCGCCCUUCCUUUGGUAUUUCUACUCGGCUUUGCCUCGUGGCCUGGGCUGCACGCUGCCGCUGGUCCCGCUGGGUUUGCUGGACCGGCGCACGAGGCUUCUACUGCUACCCGCCGUCGCCUUCAUCCUGGUCUACUCGCUGCUGCCGCACAAAGAGCUCCGCUUCAUCAUCUACACCUUCCCCGUGCUCACUCUGGUGGCCGCCCGAGGCUGCUCUUUUAUUUUAAGCAACUACCGGAAAUCGUGGCUGUAUAAACUGGGAUCGGUUGUCGUGGUGGGCCAGCUGGUGAUGAACGCGGGAUACUCGGGUGUUUGCCUCUACGUUUCCCAUCACAACUACCCAGGAGGGCGAGGCAUGCAGGAACUGCACAGGCUGUUGCCGGCCACGACUGACGUCUUUGUUCACAUUGACACGUUCGCCGCGGAAACCGGAGUGUCACGCUUCUUGGAGCAGCACCCACAUUGGAGAUACGACAAACGAGAGGAUCUGCAUCCAGCAAGUCCCGACGUGGAAAUGUUCACGCAUCUCCUGAUGGAGGCAAACGUCACCAAGAUGGAGCUUCUCCGCCGCACUCAUCGCCCCCUGGUGUUCAUACGCGGAUACGACGGCAUGGCUCGCCACUUUUUUGGCGUCCCCCCUUUCAGCGUGACGUUGGCGAACAAAACUGUGCUGAUGCAGAGGACCGCCGCCGUCUCAUCAAGGAGUCAGGUGACCGACUCUCCCACUUCAUCUCCUCAAGGUUGACGUCAAACUAACAAUCACGUAUUCAUAAAAACUUCUCAUUUCCAACCCGAGAAGAAAAUCAAAAAGUGUGACGUAAGGAAAACCUUUAUUUACAAACGGCUGCAACAUUUGCAUGUUUCCAGUUUCAAUGCUCAACAUUUAUCAAAUCAAGUAAAUAAAUUCUUAUAAAAAUGUACAGAACAUUAUUUUUCUCCAACCCAUAAAUUAAUCCCCUGAACAUAAACCGACAUUGUGCUUUACGAGACAAACUGUAUAUUCCGAACAUCUCAAUUCUGUAAAAACAACAGCGAUAUCUUACAGUCUCAUUAAAAAAAGAAAAAAAAAAGUCAA